GAACGCAGGACGCGCUCUGUGCCAAGAACAAGGGGGAGGCUGGUGAGGGGGAAUGCGCAGGACAGGCACAGUUUUAUUUGCUCAUCAGGGGUCUCCUUCUCUGGCUAUAUAAGGCGCUCCGUUUCACGGGGGCAACAAAGCUCCCUAUGAGCCUUACGGAAAUCGCCAAGAAGCAACUGCCCGCUCCUCUAAUAAGGAAACAAUUCAACUCCCUGCGCGCACUUGAAGCUCUGCCGAAAUCUUCCAGAAGCUGCAGAGAGCCUGAGAUUAUUUGGACUCUUGAGGAGCACCAUUCACAGAAAAAGCUGCUGAAAGCUGAAGGUUUAUCCCAGGAAGCUUAAGUGUCAGGAUGACCCACAAUGCCUCAUCUUGCCUCCUCUUCAUCUCCCUACUGAUGAACUUUGUCACAGACUCAUCUCCUGUUGUCCUGCCGGAUUCCAAGGAACUGCGGCAGCUUCUCAGCCGCUACGAGCAGGAAGCAAACCAGAACGGUAUCAGCUCUAUAGCUGGCAACAGAACCAGACGAGCCAUCCUCUGGUCGGACCGGGAGGAAAUCCUGCAGCUGCACAACAAACUGAGGGGCAGCGUUUACCCUACUGCCUCAAACAUGGAGUACAUGGUUUGGGAUGAUGAGCUGGAACGCUCAGCUACUCAUUGGGCUGAGGUGUGUCAGUGGGACCAUGGACCUCAAGACCUCAUCAUGUCUAUUGGACAAAACCUUGCAGUUCACUAUGGGAGAUACCGCUCACCUGCCUUCCAUGUACAGGCCUGGUACGACGAAGUCAAGGACUACACCUAUCCUUACCCUUAUGAGUGCAACCCGUGGUGUCCUGAGCGCUGCUCUGGGCCCAUGUGUACCCACUAUACCCAGCUGGUCUGGGCAACCACGAACCGAGUGGGCUGUGCUGUACACGUGUGUCCAAGAAUGAAUGUGUGGGGAGAAACAUGGGAGAAUGCUGUUUACCUUGUGUGCAACUAUUCCCCAAAGGGAAACUGGAUUGGAGAAGCCCCGUAUCAACAUGGUCGCCCUUGUUCCCAAUGCCCUCCAAGCUAUGGAGGAGGAUGUAGAAACAACCUGUGCUACAAAGAUUCUCAGCGUUCAGAGACAGAGGACAUGAACGAGGUGGAAAAGCCUCAAGUACCACUGCCACCUCGGACCACCCCCAAACCGACCCCCAGGCCUCCCAGGAAACCUGCAAAUAAACCUUCCACUCCAAGGACAUCAUCUCCAAAGAAACCCGACAACCCUUAUCUUGCUCACAACAUUAAAUGUGAGACUAGACUACGGGAUAAGUGUAAAGGAGCAACCUGCAACAGACAUUAUUGCCCUGCAAACUGCUUAAAUAGGAAAGGGAAGGUUUGGGGGACUGUUUCCUAUGAUGUGCAAUCAAGUAUUUGCCGAGCUGCUAUCCAUGCCGGGGUCAUCGACAACAAUGGAGGGCUGGUCGACAUCACAAGGAGGGACAGGUUACCGUUCUUUGUCAGAUCCACAAAAAAUGGAGUUGAGUCUCUCAGCAAAUAUAAACCUGGAAACUCCUUUGUGGUGUUCAAAGUGGAAGAAUAUAAAGCUGAUUGUUACACCACAGUAGCUGAAAUCUGCCCUUUUAGACAACCAAACUCCCACUGUCCAAGAAUCCUCUGUCCAGCAAGCUGUAACACUGAGCCUUCUUACUGGUCACCAGUGAUUGGAAACAACAUCUAUGCAGACAGCUCCAGCAUUUGUAAAGCAGCCAUUCAUGCAGGAGUAAUCAAAGCAGACGGUGGUUUUGUUGAUGUUCUGCCACUGGAAAGAAGAAAGAGUUACACUGGAGUCCAGAAAAAUGGAAUCCAGUCUGAAAGCAAGAGCAACGUGAAUGGAGGUUCUUUCAGACUCUUUGCCGUGAAGGUCACUUCAAAGGUCUGAGGAUCAACAGAAUUUGCUCUGCAGGCCUGGAAAAGCAGAAAUCCUCAAGUUGGAUACCAUCACCCUUGAGCAGUAAUUCAUAAAAUAUAUAAAGGCGCUUUGUCCCACCAUGUAUUACUUAAAUCUUAAGCAAAAAUGUGUUCAUUUGGGAAUAUUUUGAAGUUCCUUGUUUUUACUCGUAUUUUCAUAGGGAAGCAUAAUUUGUGAAUAUAAAAGAUUUUAUACAUAUUUUGAAUUAAACAGCUGGUGCUGAAAUAAUUUGGUUAAACAGAAAUAAUUAUGUUUAUAUUAAAGAAAAAAGUUUUCAUACACAGGAAUGUAUACCGAUUACACUGUAUUUAAUCCUUCUGUACAGAAUAUAUCCUACAUUAGUUUUAACAAUUUUCAGUGCCCAUUUGAUCUAAGUCUCAACUUCAACUCUUAAAAUUCUCGAUUAUUACUGUUAAGUCACAUCCAAGUGUGAAAUUAAUUUAAAGUUUAAAGACAGUGUAUGUUUAGGAACACAGUUGCAGAUGAAAAGUUUCCAAAGGAUGGAGGAGACAUUUUAAAAGAUGAGAUCUACUAUCUCAUUCCUGUCUAGUGCUUGCUUACUGCCCUUUAUGCCUUUUUGGCCCCGUUGUAUAUAGGAGAAUGUAACAUUGUCCCUGCCCCCACCAAAGACAAUUGAAUGUGUUGCAUGGAUCAGGUACAGAGAUGUUUUAUGUUAAUGGUGAAAGUAUAUUAAAAGUUUCAAUAUUGAACUUCAGUUUGUGCACUUUUGGAAAACUAGUGUUAUGCAGCACAAUUAGGGAAGAAACUCAUUUUAGUUACUAUGAUGAUUUGAUCAUUGUUUUAUUGUAACAUAAAAAAAAAAGAUAUUUCUUAAUUAUAUCUUGUAGCCCUGUUAUGUUCCGCUAAGGUCCUAAAGCACAGUGGUUAAGCACCUUUAAACUCUAUUGCCCGUCUUGUUUUGGUUAUUU